AUGGAGGCUCAGUGCUCAGAGGAGGGCCCAGGACCCAGGAUCCUCAGAGCAGAUCCAGGAAACCAGCUGCAACUCAUCUCUCAGGCCAGGCGCUGGUGCUCCUUGCGACGUGGUUGUGCAGUGCUGGGAGCCCUAGGGUUGCUGGCAGGAGCAGGUGUUGGCUCAUGGCUUCUAGUACUGUAUUUGUGGCCAGCUGCCUCUCCAGCCAUUUCCGGGAGCUUGCAGGAUGAGGAGAUGACUUUGAGCUGCUCGGGUGCCAGCAGUGAGGAAGCUUUGCUCCCCUUGCUUCCAAAAACAGUAUCUUUCAGAAUAAACAGUGAGAACUUCUUGCUGGAAGUACAGGGGAGGGCCUGGCCAGGCUGGCUUCUGGUCUGCCAUGAGGGCUGGAACCCUGCCCUGGGGGUGCGGAUCUGCCAGAGCCUUGGGCAUCUCAGACUCACUCACCACAAGGGAGUAAGCCUGUCUGACAUCAAGUUCAACAGCUCCCAAAAAUUUGCUGAGCUCUCUCCUAGACUUGGAGGCCUCCUGGAGGAGGUGUGGCAACCCAGAGACAACUGUACUUCUGGCCGAAUUGUUUCUCUCAAGUGCUCUGAGUGUGGAGCAAGGCCUCUGGCUUCCCGGAUAGUUGGUGGGCAAGCUGUGGCUCCUGGGCGCUGGCCAUGGCAAGCCAGCGUGACCCUUGGCUCCCGGCACACGUGUGGAGGCUCUGUGCUGUCACCCCGCUGGGUGGUGACUGCUGCACACUGCAUGCACAGUUUCAGGCUGUCACGAUUAUCCAGCUGGCGGGUCCAUGCAGGGUUGGUCAGUCACAAUGCUGUCAGGCCAUACCAGGGAGCUAUGGUGGAGAAGAUUAUCUCCCACCCCUUCUACAGCGCCCAGAGCCAUGACUAUGACAUCACUCUCCUGCAGCUCCGGACACCACUCAACUUUUCAGACACCGUGGGCGCCGUGUGUCUGCCAGCUGAGGAACAGCAUUUUCCAAGGGGCUCCCAGUGCUGGGUGUCUGGCUGGGGCCACACCAACCCCAGCCAUACCCACAGCUCGGACACGCUACAGGACACAGUGGUGCCCCUGCUAAGUACACAGCUCUGCAACAGUUCAUGCAUGUACAGUGGGGCCCUUACGCCCCGCAUGCUGUGUGCUGGCUACCUGGAUGGGAAGGCCGAUGCAUGCCAGGGGGAUAGUGGAGGCCCCUUGGUGUGCCCGGAUGGAGACACAUGGCACCUGGUGGGGGUGGUCAGCUGGGGUCGUGGCUGUGCGGAGCCCAAUCACCCAGGAGUCUACGCCAAGGUAGCAGAAUUCAAGGACUGGAUCCAUGACACUGUGCAGGACUCCAUCUUCUAAGUCCUGGUGUUUUCGACAACCUUGCUACAUAGCAGCCUCGUGUCUCCUGGGCCCACUAGCUGCAGAAGAAGAAGCAACCUCCACCAGUGCAGAAGGUGUGGAUCUCCUACCACUGCAUGAAAGGGGUCAUCACCCACAGGCCAGCAGCUGGGCCACUGGGCCUUCCAC